AUGAAACUUAUAAUUGCUGUUUUUGUGUGUUUAAUAGUUGGACUUGCUGAGGCAGCUCCCACUGAACAAUUGUGUUCAACACCAUUGUGUAAACAGUCAGCGGAAUGGCUUAAAAAAUCUUUAAACACCUCUGUUAAUCCGUGCGACAAUUUUUACGAGUUUGCUUGUGGCGGCUGGCGCAAAAUAUCCAUUCCAGAAAAUAAAUAUGCCGUCGGUCCCAUAUCGUAUAUGGCUGAGCUUAUGGAUACACAAAUAAAAAACUUGUUGAUGUCUUUUAACGUGGCCAUUGAUGGUAAAUCACACUCAAAAGUGGUCACAUUGGCAGCGAAAACUUUUCAGCAAUGUGUUAGCGCGACUGACAAUGAAAAAGGCUUAAACCAGUUAAAAGCAGCAGUAAACGAAGUUUUUGGGGGAUGGGGCAUCGGUCAAAAAAACACUGGUCAUUCUCAAAAAGAACAAAGCUGGCAUGAGUACUUGGUUCUUGCACUAACAAAAGGAAAAAUUUGGCCUGUUAUCGACAUUCGCAUGACAGUUAAUCCAUUUAAUUCAAGUGAAAACAACAUCGAAUUUGCUCCUGCUGGUCUUGGUUUAAACGAUUACCAAUUAACAAAUUUAUCCGCAUACCCUUCCAUAAUUACUGGGUACAAAAAAUUUAUUACAAGUUCUGGACAACUGUUUUGUGGGUCUGAUUGUUCUACUCUAGAAAAAGAUGUUGAUGAGAUAGUGCAUUUAGAAUCGCAACUUGCUAAUGCUCGCCUUUCACCAGAAGCUCUGCAUGAUACGGCGAACAGUAAUGUUGAGCUAACCAUUAAACAGUUAAGUGAAAAAUCUUCAUUCAAUUGGCACAAAGAGUUAAUUGUGCCUAUUUACAAAUCUUAUGGUUUGUCCGACUUUCCUCCUGAAUCUGCAAACGUAAACAUUUACGAUGCUCCAUACUUGGUCAAAAGUGUAGAAAUUAUGAAGAAAACUUCGCCUCGAACAAUUGCCAAUUUGUUUGCCUGGCGACUUGUUCAGAGUUAUGGUUCUGCUGCCUCUGAACAACUUCGUUUAUUUGAAUUUGAAUUUCUCAAAGUAAGCAUGGGCAUUAAAAAACUUGACGAACGUUGGAAAACCUGCAUGAGUUUUGUCAAUGGCCAGUUUUAUUUUGACCACCUUGCAUUGCCUGUCAGCAGACUCUACGUUGACCGAUACUUUUCAAAAGCAGAAAGAACUGAAGCAGUAAAAAUGGUGGACUCAAUUCAAAAAUCUUUUGGGCGAUUGUUGCUUGAUUACGAGUGGCUCGAUGAGGACACUCGUUUUGCAGCGCUAGACAAACUGGCAAUGUUGGUUAAAAAGGUUGCCUUCCCAGAAAGUUUACUUGAUAAUGCCCACUUAGAUGCGAUCUACGGUUUGAACAAUGCUACGUUUGCAAAAGAAAUUCAAGAACAAGAAAACCAUCUGUUGAGUGUGAUGGCUGCAGACAAUGCAUUCAUGAAAUUGCAGUUUCGACAAUUUAAUGGUUUACCAAUUUAUAAUAAAGAGUCAUGGGUUAUUCAUCCAAACACUAUUAAUGCUGUUUACAACUACAAUGAAAACUCAAUUA